AACCGCUAUAUGGUAUUAAAUUAGAUGUAAGUAUCAAAGGUUCGCUCGUAAAACCUAGGUUUACGAUUAUAUAUUGUGUUUCCAAAUUACUGAUUUGAAAUCACAAAUUAAUUAGGAAUCAGUGAUCACAAAAAAUGAAAUCAAAUAUAUGCGACACUGCAUGCAUGGUCUCGAUCUGUUCAUGUAGUACGUGUAACCAACGCAUACCCCUCCAUUUUGUUGCAUGUUGAAAAUUAAGAAUUUGAAGGGUUUUGACAGUUGAUCUUGGUAAAAUAUGUACAUAUUUCGAGAAGGAUUAUUUAUGUUCAAUGAUCAAAAAAAAAAAACAAAAAAAAAAUCCGAAGAAAAAAUAUCCGACAAAAGAAUAGGAAAUCGUGGAUUAUGGGAAAUCGACAAACAUACAUACAUAGUGGUUUACUUUGUACAAAUGUAUUAUUCUGAAAUCCCUAUAAGUACGUACACUGUCCGUCCAAUUUUGAGAUAUAACAAGUACCUUGUAGUCGCGAUUAUUAUUGUGCGCGAGCUAUCUAAAUUUGUCACUUAGCAACGUGUUAACGUGCUUCGCGGAAACCAAUAUGGCUGCCAAUGUUUACAUGCUGAUAGCAAUCGCAACGAUGCAAUAGAUUACGUAUUAAGAAGCAAUUAGACUUUAAUUUAAAGACAGAGACUGUGGUUGGUUGUUCAUCAUCGUCAUGUCAACAUUAUCUGAACACUUGCCAAAGUUGAACAAUGCUGAGUUUGAGAAGUUUCCCGAACCUGUGGAAGUCCAGUAUAAAAGUGGGGCAAGUUACAAAGGGAUGGUUAGCAAUCACUUACGAUGUGGUCAAGGAAUUUUCAGGUGGCCAAAUGGUGCUAGAUAUGAAGGCCAGUACUCAGACAAUGCCAGAAAUGGAAAAGGUUUGCAAGUCUGGCAGGAUGGGGGACAGUACGAAGGGGACUUUCUGAAUGACAUGAGGCAUGGAGAAGGGGAACUCAAGUGGAGCAAUGAAGAGAUGUAUAAAGGGACCUUUUACAAAGACCGUCGUCAUGGCAAAGGGGAGUACAUAUGGCCAGAUGGUUCGAAGUUUACAGGAACAUUUUUUAUGGACAGGAAAGAAGGCUAUGGAAUUUUUACAUUCGCCAAUGGUAGCAAAUUUGAGGGACUCUACAAAGAUGAUGAAAGAAUGGGGCCAGGGGUCAUGACGUAUGCCGACAACACGCAGGAUGUUGGCUUGUGGUUCAAAGAGAAACUAGUCAAAAUUUGUACUCCAAUUAAUGGAGCCUUCACCAUUCAAGACCACAAGCAGUUUGUAUUCAGCCCAGAGGAACAUGUUCUCUAUAUCAACAUGACUGCAGAGAAAAAGAAGCCAGAGUCGCAGGAAAAGGUUCUCAGUCCAGACAUAUUUGACUACUUACCAGAGAACCAAGGAACUGACAAAGUGACAGACCUGUACAAUGAGACAUUAGACCCUGGGAGUUUGGCUAUAAACAGAUCCGAAUUUAAUCGAGAAUUCUUCAGGGACCAGGAUGGAGAGAAGUCGGAUGGUGAUGAGAAAGUUCCUGCCAUUAACAGAACUCCUGGCAUGAUUGACAUUCAGAGGCAUGUUUAUUGUCAUAGGAACAGACAAAAAAGUGUGUCUUUUGAUGUUCAAGAGAUAAUGAAAGGUAACAGGGGAGGGAACUUCCUGGAGAGGGGGCCAUUAGAGACAGCAUCUGAAGAUCUGAUCAUGGCGGCUGCUGAGGGAAAGGUAAAAAAUGUGGAGGAUCUCCUGACCUCAGGAAAAGUCCAUCCAGACGUUGCCGACAGGAAUGGCCACACCGCACUCAUUGGUGCUAGUGUCAAUUGGCAGACAGAUGUAAUUAAUGUGUUGUUAAACAAUGGUGCCAAUGUGAACCAGCUGAAUGAUGAGGGGUGCUCUGCACUGUCUGCAGGCACAAUCUUCUUCUACCCCAUAGAGGGAUUUAGGUACAAUAUUGCAGAAAGGUAUUUAGGUGCACCACCAUCAUUGUCAGAAAAAGAAAAAAAGUUAUCAAUGAGUCGCAGUAAGGCAACACCCUCCAGAAGCAAAUCAAAUGCCAGUCCAACAAAACAUAAAAGCAAGACACCUAUCAAUGAUCACAGCAAAUCUGACGAAAAGCGAGCAGCGGCUGGCAUCAGCCAAACAAGUGUGGACAAUGGAUUCCCUAAGUCUGAAAGCAGUCAGAGCCUGGUGACCAAGCCCCAGGUCCGCAUAAUGGAACCGGGGAGUCGGGAAACGAUCAGUCAGAACAGUGAGGAUGCAGAAUCUGCCCUCGGGGACACUCAACAGAAGAGCAAAGAAGACCCGGAGAGUGUGGAUUUUGAGUCUACUGCCACGUUACAUGAUUACCACAUUGAGGUGUCUGAGAGGAUGAUUGAGAGGUGUGCUACACAGCUCAGUACCAACGAGAAGAUUGUUGGAGGCAAACGGUCACAUAACAGUGCAGAUCUAGGAAGGGUUAGACAUCUGGCAGUCAUCAAAAAUGAGAGAGAAAGAAUGAAGAGUACUCUAGAUUUACUGUUGAAGAGAGGAGCAGAUCCAAAUGCUUCUGGUGUACCUAUGCCAGUUUUGUUUUUUGCAAUAAAAUCUGCUGAUGUGGAGGUGGUGAAGACCUUACUAGAAAAGGGAGCAUCGACUGCCAUAACCCUCCCUAAAGAGAAGGGUGGACUGGCCCCAUUACACAUCGCCUCAGCGAUCCCAGGGGAGGAGGGCAUGCAGAUCACUGAACUUCUUUUGGAGGCGGGGGCUGAUCCCGACGUUCGGGCAACCGAAGAUGACUCGUUCCUUAACAGAACUCUGGAGGAGGAGUGGACUAAGGACGUUAUAAUGCCUGACAGUCAGGAGCUGUUAGGGGGACGGACACCGUUACAAAUUGCCUGUGCUAGAGAUGACAAUUACAAGAAUGCCUGCCGUGUGGUCCAUCUCCUGCUGGAAUACAAAGCCAAUCCUAACCUGUUGUGCAAUGGUUUUUCUGCCCUGGCCUUGUCUAUUGCUAGUGGUAAUGACCUGGCCAUUGAUGAACUGCUGUUGUAUUUCUGUGACCCCAGUUUACCACUUACUCAUGGAGUAGGGAGUGCUCUGUGUGCGGCAACAUCAACAGAGUACGAAUAUCGGCGUAAAAAUAUCAAUCAAAGACUACAUCUGAUUGAUAAACUAGUAAAGGCUGGAGCAAACAUUUUGUCCCCCAUUCCUAUUGGACCAAAAAGAAUAAUUGGAACUGCAGUGGAUUAUGCCUACUACAUGUUCAACCAGGAUCGUCGUAUUUCGCACAUGCCCUUUCACGCUCUGUCACACAGCGAGCGAGCUACGUACCAGGCCAGGAAGAAAUUACUGGAACACAUCGGUAACAUUUUAAGAACCAAGGCAGUCGAAAGGGAAAAAAUGCGCAUGGAUGAAGAAAUCUGCUCAGGAAGGAGAAGCAGGAGUCCUAGUCCAGGCUUUGUCUAUAUUGGGGCUGGAGCCACUCUACCACCUGAUGCCAAAAUUCCUAAGUCCCUUAAAGGCGUUGAUAUGGGAGGAGGGGAAAUGAGCAAGGUCACUUUUGAGUCCAAGGAUCCCAGUGUUGGGCGAGGUUUUCCAGAACGGGAACCAGCAAAUCUACCAGCCAGCUUAGAAUUUGUUCGCCAUGGAUCCCUGACUUCUCUUCAAAGCUCUUUUCACUGGAACCCUCUGCACGUAACUUCUCUGUGACUAAAUGAUUCUGUGUCUGUUAUCUAAUAUUUCCAUAGUGAGCUCCUCAGGGGGCCUCAUCCAGUAACUGACUAUCAAUGUUUGCACAUUCUAAUAGCUCUUCAGGGGGCCUCACCCAGUAACUGACUAUCAAUGUUUGCACAUUCUAAUAGCUCCUCAGGGGGCCUCACCCAGUAACUGACUAUCAAUGUUUGCACAUUCUAAUAGCUCCUCAAGGGGCCUCACCCAGUAACUGACUAUCAAUGUUUGCACAUUCUAAUAACUCAUUAGGGACUAAUUUUGUUAUAUGAUAUGUGUAGUUUGCUGUAAACAUACUCAGUACAUGGCUGCAAUCACAGGUGCUAUGCCCGUUUUGGGCCCGAACUAUAUCUAUAUUCAUGGUAUCAUAGAGUUCAGGCCCAAAAUGGGCUUAUAGCCCCUGUGGGUGAAAUCAAAUAGAUAGAUCCAGGCAUACUAAAUCCCUGGAAACAAUUUGUUUAAAAAAAAAGCAUGGCACUUCAUUGAAAGCAAAUAUUUACUGUACUAACAAUCAUAGCCAUAUACUAAACAAAGAAAAGUCGAUGCAUGUAUAAUCUGGUUAACUAAAAUAGCUAAAAAUAGGUUUGGUUUAAUUCCUUAAGAAAAUGGCUUCUCUUUUUACAUUUUGAAUUUUGGUCCUGAUGAGGAGAUCCAACAAGAUAAAGUUUUUUUAAUGCUUGAUUUCUCGAGUCUCUCAGCUGAUCCAGGAGAUGUUACAUGUAUGAUGUUAAAUCAUAUAUUAGUAGCUAGGGUACAUUAUAAAGUUGAACAAGGCUAGCAUGAAAAUAAGUAUGUUUGCAGGAAAACUCCCUAACCAAAAGAUAUCAUUGUAUGUGUAAUGCAUGCCAUACAAUUACUGACAAUUUUGGGAACUCGGUAAAUAUUGUACUGCUCAGCUAAAUCAUUGUAUUGAUCUCAAAAAUAUCAAUAAUUCUUUUAUAAUAUGAUUGAAUAAAUCUAAACCAUCAAAAUCUGCUAAUAAUUAAAGCUUAUACAAACAAUAUCAGUUUAGCCAUUUUUGUUUUCUGUUAAUGUGUAAGACCUAGUCGAAAGUGAUUAUAGAGAUUUCAUAAAAUGACCAAAAUAUGAUAAUCAUGCAAUUGUAUGAAUUUGGUAACCCAAUUUAUUUUUCGAAAAAUCCAAUGCUAUUCACCUUGACGGCAGGUGGAAGUAAAUAUAUCAUUCUAUUUUUUUCUAGUUUUUAGGAUCUCAGCCAAUCAGAAACCUUGGAAUUAUUCAUUCAUGUAAUAGAAUGAACUUUUUCUGUAUUUAACCAUGUUAUCUGUUGUUAGCUAGUAUACUAUAUAUCAGUGAGUAUACAGUAACUUAUUAUUGUUGUUUUUUUCAAAUUGUGCUCAGAUUUGUUUUGCAGCAUUUGAAAAUCAGAAAAAUUGUUUUUAAAAAUGCAUAAUUUAUCAAUUUGCCUAGCAAAAAUGAUUUAUGAAAUGUUUGAAUUUAAACAAUUCCCUGUCCUUAAAACUAAUUUAUCUAUUUUGAUGACGAAUUUCAGGAAGCCCUUGUUUAAGUACUGUUAUGAAUGUGGUCGUUCUGUUGGGGUCCGUCUGUCCGCCUGUACGAGGUGUAAGGAAGUCUACUACUGUGGAAAGUCAUGUAAACUAGCAGCAUGGAAAGCCAGACACAGUGAAGAGUGUA